AUGGAAGAUCGUGGACAGUUUACAUUGCUUGACUACAGCUUCUUUGUGAUUGUUUUUGUGGCAUCAGCAGCUAUAGGGCUGUACUAUGCUGUCAAGUCUCGUAAGACGAUUACAACUGUAGACGACUAUUUACUGGGUGGUAGGAAGAUGGGCCUAUUUCCUGUUACCUGUUCCCUCAUUGCUACAUCCAUAACAGGAGCAACAAUUGUGGGUCAAGCAGCUGAAGCAUACGCCUAUGGAAGUCAUACGUGGAUGAACGCCUUUAGUUUAGUCCUCAUGGCCUUUGUAGUUCCAACAGUUUUCCUGCCAAUCUUCUCAGAACUUAGACUAACUUCCAGCUUUAAGUACUUCGAAUUACGCUUCAGUAGACGCGUUAGACUACUCGCUAGUGGACUAUUCUUGUUCACAGGAUUAAUCUUCCUCCCAAUUACCGUCUAUGUACCAGCUUUGACCUUUCAGCGUGUUACAGGAGUCAAUACGUACGCAACAGUGAUCAUUUUGUCCCUUCUCUGUGCCUUUUACACCUCAAUUGGAGGAUUCAAAGCAGUCAUUUGGACUGAUGUUGUACAACUUGGGCUUGUUAUUGCAUCCUGUGCAAUUGUGGCUACUAUUGGAGUUGGUAGUGUUGAUGGUGUUGAGAAUGUCUUUGCUGCAGCAAAACGUGGAGAUCGGAUUAUUAUUUUCAAGUAA